AUGCCUCGAGUGUCCUUCCAAACCCUUCCACCACCACCUUCACUGCUGCCACCACCAGCCACCAGCACUCUUCACGGCCGAGUCAUGGACAACUCUGCCACCAUCAACCCUGCCGCAUUGACGGGUUCUUCUGCCGCCAGUCAAGCAGGCCACCUCCUCCAGCCCAACGUGCGUGGUACAAAGCGCAGCCGCUCACCUGACAACCACGGCAUUCGCGGCGUUGAGCGGGAAAGUGCCAACUCCAACGUGGGUGACAACUCACAACACUCAUCCAACAUGCCGCACCAUCCUGUUCAGACACCUCAGCUCAAGACACAAGCACUCCCUCAAGAUUCGCCUAGUCAGGCAUCGCCAUCGACGCGUCCGCCUGCAAAGCCGCCUGUCGUCAAAGCCUUGCCCACUGUCCGAGACCACACCACCGAUCAGCUCGGUCCCGAAGGCGACGAGUACAUCCCGCGUGAGGUCGACCCUGCCGGUGAUGAAAAAGUCUCAAAAGAUGGACACCCAUUGGGGGGUAGGAAAUACAAAUGUCGUACAUUCGAAGUGCCCAAUAGAGGUCGAAAACUCUUCAUGCUCGCCACCGAGUGUGCACGCGUUCUCUCAUACCGAGAUUCUUACCUGCUAUUCAACAAGAAUCGUUCCCUCUUCAAGAUCAUUGCAUCUCAGAAUGAGAAGGACAACCUCAUUCAGCAGGAGAUUCUCCCAUACUCUUACCGGUCGCGUCAAAUUGCCAUCGUCACUGCCAGGUCCAUGUUCCGUCAGUUUGGUAGCCGUCUGAUUGUGGACGGUCGCCGUGUACGCGAUGAUUACUGGGAGGCCAAGGCCCGGAAGCAGGGGUUCACUGAGGAAGAUGCUGCUGGCGAGAAGCGGCCAGGCCUGACAAAGAGCAGACAGGAAGCUGCCGCCGAACAGGCCACUGUGAAUCUGACAUCCUUGCCUCAGGGCGAGAUUAUUUACAGCAACAGCGGUCCCGGCUUCGAUGCGCAGCAACAACAACAGGCACAGCAGCAACAGCAACAGCAACAACAGCAGCAGCCAGCUGCGGCAGCGUCGUCGUCGCUUACACCUCUUCCAAUGAUCCACAUCCCCGCUGAGGAGCUCCGACCGAGUAUGAUGGGCAACUACACUCGUCCUCGACAGGACGUGUCCGCCGCCGCUCCUUACACUGAUCGCAUCCAACCGAGUACCACAACUGAGAUGUUGACCCAAGUCACCAAUGCUGCGGAGGCCAAUAAACAGCUGAAGGAGACCCGUCAACACCGCGAGGCAUACAUAAAGGACUACUGGAACCGCCCUCACGAACAGCCUGCCAUCGAGACUGGUAUCAACCAGACUGAUCUUCACACGGUCGCACCACAGAACUUGCAUAGUCCUCAGGUUUCUGCCAGCAUGACUCAGGCGCGGAGCCAACAGGAGCCCAUCGCUCAAUCAACGCCGCAAUACACUGCUCAAUCCUACCCGGGAUACCCAAGCCAACAAGCACAGCUGGCUUCUCCCGUGCAAACUAUGCACCGCAAUGCUCCUGCCACCCAACUCCACCCCAGCUCUCCUGCGCUGAACAUGGGCAAUGCUCACAGACAGACCCCAUCGUACAGCAAUUAUGGCCAGGGUCAGAUGUGGCAGCAACAAACGCAACCAUCACCUUUGCCUCAGCCGCAUUUGUCUUCGUAUGGCCAGCAACAGCAGCAACAGCAUCACCAGCAGCAGCAACAUCAGCAACAACAACAACAACAGCAGCAACAGACGUCGCAACAGCAACAUCACCCGCAGCAAGCUCACCAGCAAGCUCACCAGCAGGCACAUCACCACCAGCAGCAGCAACAGCCACAGCAUGCACAAAUGCCACCUCCGCAAUUGCAUCAACCUGGAAUGAAUUAUACAUCCAUGAACCAGAUGGCUCAACCCGGGUACGGUCUGGCGCGAGCCGGCCUGUACCAACAAAGUCCUGGACAACAGCAGUACAACAUGGCACAACAAACUGCAGGCAGCACUCAGCCCGGUAUGCAAGGCUGGGCUGCACAGGGCAGCGGCAGCGGCAAAGAUUAUGGUUACAGAAACGCCUAG